AUGCCUCCAGCUGAAGUCAAAAUCGAGUAUGAUACGAAGGGUAUGCCCUUCCGCCGCCUAGGCUCCAGUGGAUUGAGGGUGCCCGUGUUCUCGCUUGGAGGAUGGCUCACUCUUGGCGGCACUGUUGUCGGGGAUCCAGUCAAGGACAUAAUCAAAACUGCUUUCGAUAAUGGCAUAAAUAUGUUCGAUACAGCAGAGGAAUACUCAAAAGGCAAAUCGGAAGAGGAAAUGGGGCGUGUCAUCAAAGAACUGGGGUUUCGCAGGUCCGACCUUGUCAUCACUACAAAGAUCUUCUGGGGCGUUCGACCUGGACCCAACGCUGGCGGACUGUCGCGGAAACACAUCAUUGAAGGAACAUUAGAGAGUCUACAGAGAUUACAGCUCGAUUAUGUUGAUGUGAUCUUUGCACAUCGCCCAGACCCAAAUGUUCCAAUGGAAGAGGUGGUUCGAGCGUUUAACUAUGUGAUAGAGAAAGGAUGGGCUUUCUAUUGGGGGACGUCUGAGUGGUCGGCCCGGGACAUCGAGGAAGCGCAUCACAUCGCUUCCAAACUCCACCUCAUUGCACCCGUCGCUGAACAAUGUCAACACCAUAUGUUCCACCGAGAGCGCCCCGAGAAGGAGUACAGCCCACUCUACAAGCACUACAAUAUGGGUACCACGGUCUACUCGGGGCUUGCCAUGGGUCUUCUUACAGGAAAGUACAACGAUGGGAUCCCGGAAGGAUCUCGACUCGCGACCAUCCCUCAGUUCAGUAAUACGGCCAAAAACCUCCAGUCCGAAGAGGGUCUCGCAAAAAUCGGCAAAGUCCGUAAGCUGACCGAAUUAGCGGAAAAAGAGCUCCAAUGCUCGGUUGCUGCCCUUGCGCUGGCGUGGCUCGUAAGGAACCCGAAUACGAGCACUGUGAUCCUCGGUGCUUCUAGUCCUCAGCAGGUCGUAGAUAAUCUGAAGGCGCUGGAGGUGAUCCCAAAACUUACGCCAGAGAUCAUGGAGAAGAUAGAGAAGAUCUUGGAUAACAAGCCUGAGCCCUUCCCGACCCAUAGUCGUCCGCCUCUAGACUUUUUCGGCAGGCUCUGA